CCCCUUAGUAUAUAAACAUAAUUCAACUUCUUCAUUUCCUACUCUCGCGAAAUUAGGGUUCCGAGUUUUCACCCAUCGUUCUGAUCUCUUCUGGGGGUUUACUCUGAUUUCAACAGGUCGGAGCAGCUGGUGACCUCUCGCUAUGUAUAUUAAGCUGGUUAUAAUCGAAGGAUUCAAGAGCUACAAAGAGCAAGUCGCUACGGAGAUCUUCAGCCCCAAAGUUAACUGCGUUGUUGGGGCGAAUGGUUCUGGGAAAAGCAACUUCUUCCAUGCAAUUCGUUUUGUGUUAAGUGAUAUCUUCCAGAAUCUUCGGAAUGAAGAUAGGCACGCACUUCUCCAUGAAGGUGCUGGUCAUCAAGUUGGGUCUGCCUUCGUGGAGAUUGUCUUUGAUAAUUCCGACAACCGCAUCCCGGUUGAUAAGGAAGAGAUUCGCUUGCGCCGAACAAUUGGUCUGAAGAAGGAUGAGUAUUUCCUGGAUGGGAAACACAUUACAAAAAAUGAAGUUAUGAACUUACUGGAGAGUGCUGGAUUUUCUCGUUCUAAUCCAUACUAUGUUGUUCAACAAGGAAAGAUAGCCUCAUUGACCUUGAUGAAAGACGCAGAACGGCUGGAUCUGCUAAAAGAGAUUGGUGGUACCCGUGUUUAUGAGGAGAGGCGCCAUGAGAGCUUAAAAAUCAUGCAGGAUACGGGGAAUAAAAGAAAGCAGAUAAUCCAAGUUGUGCAAUACUUGGAUGAAAGACUAAGGGAAUUGGACGAAGAGAAAGAAGAACUCAGAAAAUACCAACAACUUGAUAAGCAGAGAAAAUCACUGGAAUACACCGUUUAUGACAAAGAGCUUCAUGAUACUAGGGAGAAACUGGAACAGGUAGAAGUUGCAAGAACUAAGGCAUCUGAAGAGUCUACAAAAAUGUAUGAUAGAGUUGAGAAGGCUCAGGAUGAGUCCAGGAGCUUAGAUGAGUCGCUGAAAGGGCUGACAAAGGAGCUUCAGACAUUGAACAAGGAGAAAGAAACUGUUGAAGCGAGAAAAACUGAAGCUAUAAAGAAGAAGACAAAGCUGGAGCUUGAUGAGAAUGACUUUAAGGAGCGGAUUGCUGGAAAUAUCCAGUCUAAGAAUGAUGCUCUUGAGCAACUUAGUAUGGUGGAAAGAGAAAUGCAGGAUUCUUUGAAGGAACUAGAGGCGAUUAAUCCUUUGUAUGAAAGUCAAGUUGACAAGGAGAAGCAGACGACAAAAAGAAUCAUGGAGCUGGAGAAAAAGCUUAGUAUUCUUUAUCAGAAACAGGGCCGUUCAACUCAGUUUUCAAAUAAGGCUGCACGAGACAAAUGGCUCCGCAAGGAGAUUGAAGAUCUUAAGCGUGUUCUAGACUUAAAUCUGUCUCAAGAGCAAAAACUUCAGGAUGAAAUUUUUCGCCUCAAUACUGAUUUGACAGAGCGUGAUGGAGACAUCAAGAAAUGUGAAGUUGAAAUUGGUGAACUGGAAUCUCACAUUUCUAAGUCCCAUGAACAAUUUAAUAUUAAAAAGAGGGAGAGAGAUGAAGAACAGAGAAAAAGAAAGGAAAAAUGGGGAGAAGAAAGUGAACUUUCUUCUGAACUUGAGAAGUUGAAAACGGAACUUGAAAGGGCAAAGAAAAACCUUGAUCAUGCAACUCCAGGAGAUGUAAGGCGAGGGCUGAGCUCUAUCAAACGUAUUUGCUCUGAGUAUAAGAUCAAUGGAGUUUUUGGCCCACUUGUAGAGUUGGUUGAUUGCGAGGAAAAGUUUUUCACCGCAGUUGAAGUCACUGCUGGAAACAGCCUGUUUCACGUGGUAGUUGAGAAUGAUGAUAUUUCAACCCAGAUAAUUAGACACCUGAAUUCACGAAAGGGUGGACGUGUGACCUUCAUACCUCUGAAUCGAGUAAAGGCGCCUCACGUCAAUUAUCCACAAAGUUCUGAUGCAAUACCACUACUGAGAAGAUUGAAGUUCGAUUCUAGAUUUGCAUCAGCAUUGGGCCAGGUUUUUGGUAGAACAGUAGUAUGUCGUGAUCUGAAUGUGGCAACAAAAGUUGCUAAGAGCGAUGGCUUAGAUUGCAUUACUUUGGAAGGUGACCAGGUUAGCAGAAAGGGUGGCAUGACCGGUGGAUUUUAUGACCACAGGCGGUCAAAACUGAGAUUCAUGAAUACCAUAAUACAAAAUACAAAAACUAUAAAUACGAAGGAAAAGGUGUUGGAGGAUGUUAGAAGACAGCUACAAGUGAUAGAUCAGCAGAUCACACAGCUUGUUACUGAGCAGCAGAGGCUUGAAGCAGACUGGACGCAUAGCAAACUACAGGUGGAGCAACUGAAGCAAGAGAUAACUAACGCGAAUAGGCAGAAACAGGCUAUACGUAAAGCCCUUGAAAAUAAGGAGAAAUCACUAGAUGAUAUUAGAACACAAAUUGAUCAGCUAAGAUCAAGCAUGGCCAUGAAGGAAGCUGAAAUGGGAACAGAACUUGUGGAUCAUCUAACCCCAGAGGAAAGGGAGCAAUUGUCACGACUAAACCCCGAGAUUAAGGAUCUUAAGGAGAAACUUAUUGCAUAUAAGACGGAUCGCAUUGAGAGGGAGACAAGGAAAGCAGAGUUGGAGACCAACUUAUCUACCAACUUAAAGAGGAGAAUAAGUGAGUUACAGGCUACAAUAGCUUCCAUCGAGGAUGAUAGUUUGCCUAGUUCAGCUGGCUUAAAAACACAAGAACUCGAUGAUGCAAAAUUGUUGGUUGAAGAGAUCACAAACGAGCUCGAAAGUGUCUCCCGAAGCAUUGAUGAGAAGACUAAGCAGGUCAAGAAAUUUAAAGAUGAGAAAGCAAAGUUAAAGGCAUUGCAAGAUGACUGUGAGACGACAGUGCAAGAUGCAAAUAAAAAGUUGGAGGAACUAUUCAGCCUUCGCAACACACUUCUCGCUAAGCAAGAAGAGUAUACGAAGAAAAUUAGGGGAUUGGGUCCAUUGUCAUCUGACGCUUUUGACACGUAUAAACGGAAAAAUAUCAAGGAGCUGCAGAAGAUGCUACACCGGUGCAGUGAGCAACUGCAACAAUUCAGCCAUGUAAACAAGAAAGCGCUUGAUCAAUAUGUAAAUUUCACAGAACAACGAGAAGAACUUCAGCAACGGCAAGCGGAGCUUGAUGCAGGAGAUGAGAAAAUUAAAGAACUGAUAACAGUCCUGGAUCAAAGGAAAGAUGAAUCUAUAGAACGUACUUUCAAAGGGGUCGCACGCAACUUCCGGGAAGUAUUCUCUAAGCUUGUGCAAGGUGGGCAUGGUCAUCUUGUCAUGACGAAGAAAAAGGACCGCGAUCAUGAUGAUGAAGAUGAUGAGGAUGAUGGAGGUCGUGAGGCUGAUGCAGAGGGAAGGGUUGAGAAAUACCUUGGCGUAACAGUGAAGGUGUCGUUCACUGGUCAAGGGGAGACGCAGUCAAUGAAACAACUGUCGGGAGGUCAAAAGACCGUCGUUGCUCUCGCAUUAAUCUUUGCCAUCCAGAGAUGCGACCCUGCACCAUUCUAUCUUUUUGAUGAGAUUGAUGCGGCGCUCGAUCCUCAGUAUCGAACUGCUGUGGGCAACAUGAUUCGUGGUUUAGCUGAUGACAGUGUAAGCACGCAGUUCAUUACCACAACUUUCCGUCCCGAGCUUGUGAAGGUUGCGGAUAAGAUAUACGGAGUAUUUCAUAAGAACAGAGUGAGUAAAGUGCAAGUUAUAUCAAAGGAUCAGGCGUUGGACUUCAUCGAGAAAGAUCAGUCCCAUGAUACUUGAUCAUCCCUCACUCAGGGAAGUUGGUGCGUUUGCCUGUCUUGAGAGAGAGCUUGUGUAACACUUGUUUAAAAUGGAUUUGACAUUGUUAUCAAGGUUUGCUUCUAGGAUUAUAAUAUCUCUAAUGUGCAGCUCAGGUUUGUAUAAUUAUCUCCAAGUAUACCUGAUAAAUUACGGUUUCCUUUUUCUCA